UCAGAGCAAAGAGUUGUGAUUUUCAGAAACCAAAAGCUUCGAAGAACAAUUCAUCGAUCGAAAGAGAAACUUCUCCCAAUGUCGGCGUCGGCGUCUUCCUCUUCCUCUCGGCCACCGGCGGGGAUGCUUCAUCCUCAUAGAUUCAUGAUCGAGAAAUUCAUCGACGCUUUGCGCGAACAGGGAUUCCUUGACGAAGACUUCAAUAAGCGGAGAAAUCUCCCUGAGAAUCAAGAUUCCUUGGCUAGAUUCUGCGGUGAAGCCGAACCUAAGCUCGAAACUAUUGAGAAAGCUCUGGCGAGUGAGAAUGUGGAUUUUCGUAGCGUGAUUAACACCGUGGAAAUGAUCAGAUCUGGUGCCGCAAGAGUUGGUGGAACUCGAGUAGCAAGUGCUUGUACUGAUCUGCAACAACAUUGCAAUAGCAAUAACAUUGAGGGUUCCAAUGCUGCUUACAAGAAGCUCUCCUGGGAAUAUUAUGUUCUACGUGAUUGUUUCCAUCACAUUCUUCAGGCUGAGAGGACAUUGGAAGAUUAAGAGACUAAUGAAGACAUCAAGAUUUUAGGGAAUAAAUAAAGCUUGUUUAGUUAAUUUUUUUUUUUGUAUUAUAUAUAUUUUUUAAACAAGCUUGUUUUGGAACAAACAUUUACGAGAAAUUGUAAUUGAAAUGCACUUUUUGAAAUUCUAGUGAUUUCUUUGUAUUCUA